ACAUUCUCCUUGCUAGGUUCGCUGACAUCACGAUACCACUGUCUGCCAGUUCGACGCGAUUUCAAGUUAUUUUCCUAGCGCGGACCUGAAAAGGCCAACUGAUCGACAAUAUGGGUUGUGGCAUGAGCACUGAGGAGAAGGAGGGCAAGGCCCGCAACGAGGAGAUUGAGAACCAGCUGAAGCGCGACAAGAUGAUGCAGCGCAACGAGAUCAAGAUGCUGCUUCUGGGUGCCGGUGAAUCCGGAAAGUCGACGAUCCUCAAGCAGAUGAAGCUCAUUCACGAGGGAGGCUACUCUAGGGACGAGCGCGAAUCGUUUAAAGAGAUCAUUUUCAGCAACACCGUGCAAUCGAUGCGCGUCAUCCUUGAGGCCAUGGAGUCCCUCGAGCUGCCGCUGGAGGAUCAGCGCAUGGAGUACCACGUCCAAACCAUUUUCAUGCAGCCUGCGCAGAUUGAAGGAGACGUCCUGCCUCCUGAGGUUGGCAGCGCCAUUGAGGCUCUAUGGAAGGAUCGUGGUGUGCAAGAGUGCUUCAAGCGCUCGCGCGAAUAUCAGCUCAACGAUUCGGCGCGAUACUACUUCGACAACAUCGCCCGCAUCGCGGCUCCGGACUACAUGCCCAACGACCAGGAUGUCCUCCGAUCGCGAGUGAAGACAACUGGUAUCACUGAGACAACCUUCAUCAUCGGCGACCUGACCUACCGCAUGUUCGACGUCGGUGGCCAGCGAUCUGAGCGCAAGAAGUGGAUCCACUGCUUCGAGAAUGUCACAACCAUUCUCUUCCUGGUCGCUAUCUCCGAGUACGACCAGCUUCUCUUCGAGGACGAGACCGUCAAUCGUAUGCAGGAGGCUUUGACUCUAUUCGAUUCCAUCUGUAACUCUCGGUGGUUCAUCAAGACCUCCAUCAUUCUGUUCCUGAACAAGAUCGACAGGUUCAAGGAGAAGCUGCCCGUCAGUCCUAUGAAGAACUACUUCCCCGACUACGAGGGCGGUGACGACUACGCAGCGGCUUGCGACUACAUCCUCAACCGCUUCGUUAGCUUGAAUCAGCAUGAGACCAAGCAAAUCUACACGCACUUCACAUGUGCAACUGACACCACCCAGAUCCGGUUCGUCAUGGCUGCGGUAAACGAUAUCAUCAUUCAGGAGAACCUUCGCCUCUGUGGUCUUAUCUAAACGAUUUCCUCUGAGACAUUUAUAAUAAUCACGAACAACAAAUGGGCCACAGGAGUCACGGCUCAUGACAUUUCCUUGUACUCCUUUGGCAUACACCAAGGACGAGUUCCCUGGAUGCUUCUACGAUACCCGCUUGUAACCCGACUUUCAAUGUACG